UGCAACGAUUGCAAAAUACGCGGACAUUUCAACAAGGCAUACCAUGAAUGCAAGUUUUACAAAGCAGUAUCUGCGCGUGAUGUUGGAAGUAGCGGCAAGAAACGUAAGCAAUCAGCUACAAUCAAGGAAGAAAAGAAGCAAGCAAAGAGAAAGAAGAAGCAAACAACUGGAGAUAUCAAGUGCAUCAGUUGUGAUAUAAAGGGUCAUUCUACUUCUCGUUCCCUCGAAUGGAAAAGUUGCCAAGGGUUAUACAGCCCAAUUCGAACAAUUCUGUAAAGUCUUCGACUUCGAAAAGUUAGGCUUCAGAAGUAUUGUUGAGCUUAAAG